AUGUUUCUUGGACUAUUUGUGUUCAAAAAAUGGUUGAGCCUUCGUGACACUUUUGUCAUUUGUCUCACGAUAGCUACACUGGGAGUGAAUGUAGUUAUGAUAGGUCUAGCCUAUUCAUCAUGGAUGAUUUAUGCUAGCUUAGCUCCAGGAAGCCUUCACGGUCUACUGAAUCCACUAAGCUAUUCUUUCCUUUCAUGUCUCGUAGAGGGUAAUGAA